CGCACGUAAACAGAAGCAUGACGGUUCUGUGCGGCGGAGCAGUUUACCGUGACACCUGUCCCGAUAUCUGACGGAAAGCGGCACCGCGCGCCAUGGCCCACCGCUACCUUCGGCUGUCGUUGGGCUGCCGCACGUUCCUGCAGUGCGCGCUGUCUCCGGCGGUGCGCUCCGGAGCCUCACGCCUGGUCUCCGGACGACCUGAUACCCAGGUUGCAUUUGACAGGACGACUCUGCUGGCGGACGUGCUGGGAGCCUACAGGAGGCUCACUGGCCCACGGGCAAAAGGUGCAAAAGGACUUGAGAGAUUUUACUGCAAAAAUGGUCCUAAGAACAAUGAAACCAAACCCCCCGGUGCAGAAGCAAAAGAAGCCAAGCCUGCAAAUGCCCAGCGGCCCCCAGGGAAAUCAGCUGGAGGUGGAGGGCCAGGUGGAGGAGCAGGUGGAGGUGGGGGCUCAACAGGAGGCGGGGGCAGAAGAGGAGGGAGAAAGGAGGACUCUACGUGGUGGAGUCGGCUGCAGAAGGGCGACGUGCCCUGGGAUGACCGGGAAUUCCGGAUGUACUUCCUGAGUGCGGCGGCCUUCUGGACAACAGUCGGAUAUUAUUUCUUCUUCCGAAACGCAGCCCGAGAAGUGACCUGGAAGGACUUUGUCAACAAUUACCUCUCGAAAGGAGUUGUGGACAGGCUGGAGGUGACGAACAAGCGUUACGUCAAAGUGAUCUUCUCUCAGGGGAAGGCUCCAGUGGAUGGACAGUAUGUUUGGUUCAACAUUGGCAGUGUGGACACGUUUGAGCGCAACCUGGAGACCGCGCAGAUGGAGCUGGGAAUCGAGGGGGAGAACCGGCUGCCUGUGGUCUACACAUCUGAGAGUGAUGGCUCUUUCCUUCUCAGCAUGCUUCCCACCAUGCUGAUCAUCGCCUUCCUGCUGUUCACCUUGCGUCGGGGCCCCGCGGCAGGAGGCCGGCCUGGUCGGGGGGUGGGAGGGCUCUUCAGCGUAGGCGAGACCACUGCCAAAGUGCUGCGCGACGAGAUUGACGUCAAGUUCAAAGACGUGGCGGGCUGCGAGGAGGCCAAGCUGGAGAUCAUGGAGUUCGUCAACUUUCUGAAGAACCCCAAGCAGUAUCAGGACCUGGGUGCCAAGAUCCCCAAGGGAGCAAUACUCACUGGACCCCCUGGCACAGGAAAGACCCUUUUGGCCAAAGCAACGGCUGGAGAGGCCAAUGUCCCAUUCAUCACGGUCAAUGGCUCAGAAUUCCUGGAGAUGUUCGUGGGAGUCGGGCCAGCCAGGGUCCGCGACCUCUUUGUGAUGGCCCGAAAGAAUGCGCCCUGCAUCCUCUUCAUCGACGAGAUCGAUGCGGUGGGACGCAAAAGAGGCCGUGGGAACUUUGGAGGCCAGAGCGAGCAAGAGAACACCCUCAACCAGCUGCUGGUAGAGAUGGACGGAUUCAACACUGCCACCAAUGUGGUGGUGCUUGCGGGCACCAACAGACCUGACAUCUUGGAUCCUGCGCUUAUGAGGCCCGGCCGCUUCGACAGGCAGAUCUACAUCGGUCCUCCUGACAUUAAGGGCAGAGCCUCCAUAUUUAAGGUGCACCUACGGCCCUUGAGGUUGGACGCAUCCCUGGAUAAGGACGCGUUGGCAAGGAAGAUGGCAGCUCUCACACCUGGAUUUUCAGGUGCUGAUAUCGCCAACGUCUGCAACGAAGCCGCACUGAUCGCUGCCAGGCACCUCUCCGAUUCCAUUACCCAGAAGCACUUUGAGCAGGCCAUCGAGCGAGUGAUUGGAGGUCUUGAGAAGAAGACCCAGGUGCUCCAGCCAGAGGAGAAGAAGACUGUUGCGUACCAUGAGGCCGGGCACGCGGUGGCAGGGUGGUUCCUGGAGCACGCGGACCCCCUGCUGAAGGUGUCUAUCAUCCCACGUGGAAAGGGCCUCGGUUACGCCCAAUAUCUGCCCAAGGAGCAGUAUCUCUACACAAAGGAGCAGCUACUGGACCGCAUGUGCAUGACCCUUGGAGGACGUGUCUCAGAGGAGAUCUUCUUCGGCAGAAUCACGACGGGAGCUCAGGACGACCUCAGGAAGGUCACGCAGAGCGCUUAUGCUCAGAUUGUGCAAUUUGGGAUGAACGAGAAGGUGGGCCAGGUCUCCUUUGACCUCCCGCGGCAGGGGGAGAUGGUGCUAGAGAAGCCUUACAGUGAGGCCACCGCUCGCCUGAUCGACACGGAGGUGCGUCAGCUCAUCAACACGGCCUACCAGCGCACCCAGACCCUGUUGAAUGAGAAGAAGGCUGAGGUGGAGAAGGUGGCCCUGCGCCUGCUGGAGAAGGAGGUCCUGGACAAGAACGACAUGGUGGAACUCUUGGGACAGAGGCCCUUCGCAGAAAAGUCCAGCUAUGAGGAGUUUGUGGAGGGCACGGGGGGCAUGGACGAGGACACGACCCUGCCAGAGGGCCUCAAGGACUGGAACCGAGAACGGGACAAGGAGAAGGAGGAGAGCACAGAGGAGCAGGUGGCACGACAGAUCACGCAUGGGAUGCCUUUCUGAGGGUCCGGAGACACGGGUGGGGCGGGGGGUUGGGGAAGUCUACUGGGUUUCUGACUGGCUUGUUCAUCUCACGCAGUGCAUUCCUGUGGUGAACGUCUGGUUCCUUUACUAGAACCUGUGAACAGAGAACCCAGCUGGUGUGUUGUGGACACAUUUUGGUUUAUUAUGCCCUCAUCUGGGAAGGUGGAGAGGUCAGCAGCUUUGGGUGUGUGGGGGACUUCCUGCCAAAGGUGGGGGAUGCAGAGGGAUUCCAGGAUGAGCAAGAGAGUGAAAGUCACGUUUGAUGUAGAAGAACAAAAGCACUUACUGACGCUGCUUCUGUGAAGUGGAUGUGAGGCGAAAUUCUGGAAUUAAAUUCUUGGCUUUGAUUUAAAGAAAAUGUGUUCAGUUAAAGAUGGCUCAAUUAUUGGCUUUACAGGCUGUACAGGCAAUAUGUAAAUUAAUGAAGCUAUAAAGGGAUUCUGACGCCAAAGAAAAUCUGGAUGAGAUUUUAAUUAAACGCAGCCUGUUUAACUGGCAUUGGGCAGAAAAAUACCGGACUUCAUUACUGCAUUAGUCAACAUAACCAGACUUUAACGUAACCGGGAUAAGCUGCAGAUUGUCUUUUAUGAUGGAGCAUCUGCAGCGUGUUUGUAGUGUACGUGUUCAGUGCUCAGCGCUGAUCCUGUGUUUCGAUGCCAAAUCACCACUCUUUGCUUUUGUGGAGACUGUUGCAUUUCUGUAACAUUUCCUGUUUAUGGUAAUGCUUCAAAGAAUCUGUUAGGCCAAAUCUGCCCAGAUUUCCUACUCACUCUUAUCCAUUGAGAGAAGGGCUGUGAUGUUUUAAGGGGGGAGGGAGGGGAGAGAGAUGUUAGUGUUCAGUGAUGAACGUUUCAGUGUUUUCCCUAGAUUUGUGCAUCUUAUCUAUGAAAUAAACUCACCGACAGGAA